CUGGCAUCCAUGAAGCGGUACAUCGGUUUCCCUGAUGAUGAUUUUGAAGACUCAGACAUUGACAGGUUCUAUAAAAAUUACACUAUAAACGGGAAAGAGUACUACAACAAUGAGGUGAACAUUGCCAGGCAGGCUCGCUUCCUAAAUCUGAAGUCACUGCGUCAGCCUUCGUCAAAGAACCCGUGGACGACGCCACCUCAUAAACCCAAUGCAGGGUACGAUCUGAAUCGAAAUGCGAUAAUGUUUCUGGCCGGAAUGUUGCAGCCACCGCUCUUCUCGGAGACUUACCAGUAUUACAUGAACUACGGAGGUAUGGGGGUUGUCAUCGGACAUGAGAUCACCCACGGCUUUGACGACGAAGGGAGCCAGUACGACAAAGAUGGCAACCUGCGGAACUGGUGGACUAAAGAAGAUCUCCAGAACUUUCGUGACAGAGCGCAGUGUAUCAUUGAUCAGAACUUCAACACCACUGUUGUUGAAGUCAAUAGAACUCUGAACGGAAAUAGCACACUAGGUGAAAGUAUAGCAGACAGAGGUGGUCUCAAAGAGUCCUUCAGGGCCUAUCAGAAAAAAAUGAAAAAAUGUGGCGCAGAACUCCCGCUACCUGGCAUAAACCUCACACAAGAUCAACUUUUCUUUAUUGCAUUUGGUCAAUUCUUCUGUCAGAAAAGGACGCCCGAGAGCCUGAUUAAGCAGGUGGAAACAAGACCUCAUUUACCAGGGAAAUACAGAGUUAACACCGCCUUGCAAAAUUCAGAGGAGUUUGCCAAGGCCUACAACUGCCCCCUGGGAUCCUUCAUGAACCCGGAGAAGAAGUGUUCUGUCUGGUAG